GGCCAUUUUCUUUGGAUAUUGAAGGCUACAGAUCACGGAUUCGCCCUGAGGCUAUUCUCCAAUGAAGAUUGAGUCCAUUAAGCACCGAUUUGGGAGGAUUUAUUCCGGGUCAAUUUUUGGGAGAUUCCAAUGGGGUACCAUCACAGAUUUCGGGCGAUUUUCCGAAAUGCCAUUUUCUUUCAAUUCUGGAGGCUACAGAUCACGGAAUCAGGCCGAGGCUAUUCUCCACCGAUAAUGAAGUCUUUUGAUCCUAUUCUCCACGGAUGAUAAGUCUGUUAAGCAUCGAUUUGGGCCAAUUUAAUUUCGGAUGACAUUUUCGUAAUUUCUUGGGCGACGAAAGGCCAUUUUCUCUGGAUAUUGAAGGCUACAGAUCACGAAUUUGACAUGAGGCUAUUCUCCAACGAUGAUUUAGUCCAUUAAACACCGAUUUCGGCGAAUUUAUUCCGGGUCAAUUUUUGGCAGAUUCAAAAGGGGUACCAUCACAGAUUUCGGGCGAUGUAUCCGAAAUGCCAUUUUCUUUCGAUUCUGGAGGCUACAGUUCACGCAAUCAGGCCGAGGCUAUUCUCUACCGAUAAUGAAGUCUAUUGAUCCUAUUCUCCACGGAUGAUAAGUCCGUUAAGCAUCAAUUUGGGCCAAUUUAAUUUCGGAUGGAAUUUUGGUAAUUUCUUGGGCGACGGAAUGCCAUUUUCUUUGGAUAUUGAAGGUUACAGAUCACGAAGGUUACAGAUCACGGAUUCGGCCUAAGGCUAUUCUCCAAUGAUGAUUUAGUCCAUUAAACACCGAUUUGGGCGGAUUUAUUCCAGGUCAAUUUUUGGCAGAUUCCAAAGUGGUACCAUCACAGAUUUCGGGCGAUGUAUCCGAAAUGCCAUUUUCUUUCGAUUCUGGAGGCUACAGAUCACGGAAUUAGGCCGAGGCUAUUCUCUAUCGAUAAUGAAGUCUAUUGAUCCUAUUCUCCACGGAUGAUAAGUCCGUUAAGCAUCGAUUUGGGCCAAUUUAAUUUCGGUUGGAAUUUUGGUAAUUUCUUGGGCGACGAAAUGCCAUUUUCUUUGGAUAUUGAAUGUUACAGAUCACGGAUUCGCCCUGAGCCUAUUCUCCAACGAUGAUUGAGUCCAUUAAGCACCGAUUUGGGCGGAUUUAUUCCGGGUCAAUUUUUGGCAGAUUCCAAAGGGGUACCGAUUUGGGCGGAUUUAUUCCCCUACGUUUUAUUGUAAAAAGUAAAAUUUACUUGUAUUUUUUUUUUAACAACAUGUAAGAGUGGGUCGACCCACCCUGCCCCGUACUUGCGCGGGUUUUACACGCCCCGACCCGUAGUAGCAUGGGGCGGGGCAUGGGAAUUGAGGUACCCGCCCCAUUGCCAUCGCUGAUUGGCGUGGAGGUAGCAGUUUGACAUGAUCAACUAUCAUGGCGCGAGGGAUUACUGCGUUAUUGGUGAUAGAGUUGAUUACGGUAUAAGGAGUUGAGUGAUCGAUGAUCAAAGUUAAAAGUUUUUCCAAUAGUAAAAUUGGUUGAAAUGAAUUUUUUUUAAUACAAACUAAUAUUUUGGUAUCUUCUUCUGGUGACAUUUUUUCCUUGGUUGCAAAGAUAAAUUUUUGUAGCUGUGAUUAUACCCCUUGUGCUUGAAGUUUGAACUCUUGAGGACAGGACAACAUCAAAGGAGGUAAUUAGCAAAUUGCAAUGGCAAAAUAGGGAAUUCCAAUAAUGAUUUUCUGAAUAAUCGUUUUUGUAGGGAAUUACCAUUUCAAUAUCUCCCAUCUGUCAAGGCCCAAACCUGUCAUGCGGGGCUUUGUACACUAAAUUUAGGCCCACCAUUUGAAACUUCAACCCGUGGGCUUAUUUCCGACCCAUCAUCCCAACUAGGCCUCUCCUUGCCCACAUCAUCCACCAGGCCCAAAUAUACCCUACCCAACGAGCCCUUAGAACUGCAGCCCGACACCUCGAUCGGUGUCUCACUCAUCAUCUAUUGUGUGUUCAACGAUCACCACGUUACUCGGACUAAAAAUGAAAUAUGAUAUUUAUGAAGUGACAAGUAUUAACUCAUGCACUGAUUACUACAUCUUAGUCCCCGUCUCGCCGAGAUGCAUGCUCUUCCACGUCAUUGUAAAGUUCUAUUUCUCGUAAAUACAAUGACUUUCUGAUAAAUCUUGUAACCCAAUUAAUAGUUGUUCUCUAAAACACGUGUCUCCUUUUCUUGAUUUAGAACGGACCAGAUCUAUCUAAUAUGUUCCGCCUCUUGUUAAUCAUUGCUAAGAUUAGCUUGAUGCUGACGACAAUAUCAAUGCUGGCUAAAAGCAACGGGGCUUGGCCAUCCUUCGUUUGUGGUCGACGUUUCGGCAAAGUUUGUCCGUCAAUAGUUGAAUCUUUCGAUCUGGUUCGAUUCAUGGUCGCAUCUGCAAAUGGUUAAUUGAUGUGGUACAAGUGGUCUAAAAUGUUUUAAUUGCGUGAUUGAGAUAUGAGAAACCAAUUCAAAUUGGCCUUGUUAUUGAGCUUCCAUUUCAAGUUGGUUAAAGGAAGACGAUUGAAACCGAGUUUGGCCAAAGCCCAAAAGAAAAGAGUGUAGUUGACGUUUUUCUUUGGCGGGGUUCGAAACUGCAAUGGAUUGUCGUAUUGUGAAACGUAUGUUCACUGCGUUGUCUGUCCUCUUUACCAUCUCGAAGGGUUUAGGCCUUUAGGGUUUUGCUCCAUCGGCGUAAAGGAGAUUUUUCUUUUUAUCUGUGGUCUGGUUUGACACAGUAAAUGCUGGAGCUGGAGCUUAAAGAAGAAGACGAGCAGCAGCAUCCAGUAGAAGGAAAACAGGGGGCGAAGGAUGUGGUAUCUUUGCGUGUUCUUCCACAGACUGUUGGAUUACCGACGACCAGAAGUCGAGGCUCUUGCGGAGCUCUUUCAGCCCAACUCGAGCAACGAGCCUCUGGAAUGGAGGCUUCCCGAGAAUCACCAUCCCGAUUCUCCAUUCCAUUUCGUCAAUCUGUCUUCCGAUGACGUCGCCCGAGACAUCGCCAAUCGAAGUUUACUAGUGAAAGGAAUGUAUGAGCUUUGGGGCGAAGGAAGCACACUGGAAGAAUUGGAACAGGCGAUAAAGAGCUACCCAGAUGAGCGAAAGUCACCAUUCUUGAGUUCUGAAAGUAGUUUCAAGAUUAUCGUUGACAGCUUUGGGAAGGUGAUGAGCUUUGCGGAGCAGAAUGACCGUAUUGAGCAACUUGCUUACAUUCCUUUCAAGGGUAAGGUGAACCUGAAACAUCCAGAUCAUAAGUUCUGGCUCAUGGAGACUGAUGACUAUGGGGGUAACAAUGGACUGCCACCAGUUGUUGAAAAAAGAAUCUUUUUUGGCCGUGAGGUAGGUGGUUCUGACAGGAAGCUAAUACCCACAUACCAGCUAAAAAGCCGCACGUAUCUUGGUCCAACAGCCAUGGAUGCAGAAAUGGCUUUCUUGAUGGCCAAUCAAGCACUGGUCAAGCCUGGGAAACUUGUCUAUGACCCUUUUGUUGGGACUGGUAGCAUUCUGGUUGGUGCUGCUCACUUCGGAGCUGUGACAAUGGGUGCUGACAUUGAUAUUAGAGUAGUUCGAGAUGGACGUGGCCCUGACCGCAAUGUUUGGAGCAAUUUCAAGCAGUAUGGACUGCCUGCACCUGUUGGCCUUCUAAGGGCUGAUAAUAACCUUCCUCCUUGGCGUCCUGGAUUGAAAGAGGUUUUCGAUGCCAUAAUCUGCGACCCACCAUAUGGAGUUCGUGCUGGUGGACGCAAGUCAGGUGGCAGAAAGCUGCUAAAGGGAGUUGUGGGACCAUACACGGUCCCUGAUGACAAGAGAACAGACCACAUACCUUCAACUGCAGCAUACAGCUUAGUUGAAUGUGUACACGAUUUGCUAGACCUUGCUGCAAGGAUGCUUGUGAUCGGUGGCAGGCUAGUCUACUUCUACCCUGUGCUUCGAGAAGAUGAAGCUACUGUGGACAACACCGUCUUCCCAGACCACCCUUGUUUUGAAUUGAUUUCAUCUUCGGAGCAGAUCCUGAGCUAUCGUUACAGUCGGGUCUUACUAACCAUGGUCAAGAGGCGCCCUUACACCGAGGAGAUAGCUGAAGCAGCUAGAGUAAAGCAUGCGGAUUUCAGAGAAAACCACGUCAAGUGGCUAGAAGAUGGGAAUCUUCAUUCCUCUGUUUUUGCACCAGCUGAUCAACUCACAGUGCCAGGUGAAGAUGCCAAACCACUUAGAGAUAAACCUAAAUACAGAGGCAAGUAUGUCUAGUACUCACUCAUUCUGCACCUUUGACUGAAAAUUAGGUGCCGUGAUUCCAUUUUUGGCAUGAACUAUUAGAUUGUUAGGACUUGAACAAAAGUGUCGGACUAUUUAGUUACGAAGUUGUAUGCUUUACAAUUGUAAGGGGAAGGUUUCCUUCCCAGGAAACGAACAGGAGAUGAGAGGGGAAAGAAAGAUUUGUGAGAGUA